CACUGCUUCCUUCCCUUAACCUCAAUACUGUAACACGCUCCAAUCUUGUUUCCUCAGUAGUAAUACAACAAGAGGUACAAACAGCCACUCAAAUCUGCCCACCAGCCCGCCUGCUCGGUCUCUGUUUAUCUCUGAUCCGGUGACAGGAUUGUAUACCAGGUAUUCCUGAUCCUCUGGUUUUCACCAUGUCUCCAAGUGCCAACUUCACCAAACUGGACAACGCUACCCUCAACCUUUUCCAGAACUACCCCGCCAGCUUAACCAUCUCCAUCAUCUACACGGUGGUCACUGUGGUCAACCUGGGCGGAAAUGGCCUCUCCAUGUGGCUGCUGCUGUUCCGCACCUCGCCCAAGACCCCCUCCAUCAUCUUCAUGAUCAACCUGACCCUGACAGACCUGUCCCUGGGCGCCGCCCUGCCCUUCCAGAUCGCCUACCAGCUCCGAGGAUACGACUGGACACUGGGACCCGGCAUGUGCAGGUUCAUGACCAUCGCCUUCUUCUCCAACAUGUACUGCUCAAUCCUGACGAUGACGGCCAUCGGCGUCGACCGCUACCUGGGCAUCCUCUGGCCCAUCCGGUUCCGGGAGAUCAGGGCGAGGAAGAGCAUAGCGGUGUUGGCCUGCCUGCUCAUGUGGGCGGUGGUGCUCACCGUGCUCUACCCUCUGAUGACCACCGACCUCACCUUCCACAUUCCCGAGUUGGGCAUCACCACCUGCUUUGACGUGCUGAAGCGAGACAUGUUGCCGUCGUUCAACGCCUGGCUCGGCUUCAUCUUCUCCAUGCUCUGCGUGCUCUUCUUCCUGCCGUUCUGCAUCACCGUCUACUGCUACGUCAGUGUCAUCCGCAAGCUGGCCCAGGACUCCAAGACGGUGCAGAAGGACCGGGCCAUGCGGCUGACGGCCACCGUGCUGCUGGUCUUCGUCGUCUGCUUCGCCCCGAACAACGUGCUGCUACUGGCUCACACCGUGCGGAGGUUCUUCUAUAAUGACUCGCUGUACAUGUCCUACAAGCUGUCGCUGUGCCUCAGCUGCCUCAACAGCUGCCUGGACCCCUUCAUCUACUACUUUGCCUCCAAGGAGUUCAGGCACAAGCUGAGGCAAAUGCUGAGGCUGAGGAGCCUGAGCACCUCGGACAUCGGGAGGGGGACGGAGCACAAGGAGAGCUUGUUCUCGGCCCAUCAAGCGUCUGACGCACAGCAGACAAACACGAGGGGUCUCUGAUAUGGCGACACAAUACUUUUGCAGGAAUAGGGGGAGGGAAGGAGGGAGGGAGGGAAGGAGAGAGAGGGAUAAUUAAAGUAAGAAAAAAGUUACAUGAUAGAUCCCCUUUUUUGCUACAUUUUGAAAUAAUCUUUCUUCGAUAAUUUUUUAUCUUACCAUUCCUACUUUCCAAAUAACUAUAUGUAUAUAUGUACCAAUUUGUUUAUGUAAAAUAAUAUUGCGAAUAAAAUUGGGAUUUUUUUUGAGUA